AUGGGUAUUAUUGCAUACAGAAAUCCAAGCAAUUGUCAAACUUGUUUGGUCAAGGUACAGCCAAUCACAGAUUGGUAUCUUCCAAACCUUACUGAUAGAAUUGAGGAAAAACCAUUACAAAAAACAACGUUGCAGCACAUAAGUAAAAAAAUGCAAAAGACGUUCCAAAAGCUUCAUUUCCUGGAGAGGUGGCAAGCUCAAUUUGAACUUGAUGAUUCACAGAUUAAAAAAUUCUGGAAGAAUCUCAAUAAAUUACGUCUAGAAGAUCCAGAAAAUGUAGAUGAAAUUUGGUUAUUCAACUUAGGAUUAAGGAAUAACAUCUACAACGACACCCAAAACAUCAGCACAUCAUAUACGGAAGUCCCAUAUUGCAUACUUUGCCUCAAUCAAGGUAAACCUGAAGAAGUAGAACAUGUGUACAGAGAAUGUGAAAUCACUCAACAAAUCUGGCUGCUCGUUGGAUUCACAGGGCAGAUCCAAUGGAAAUACAUCAUGGCUCCAGAUCCCAUACACAUGCAACUAUACAAACAAACUAACAGUUUCCUCAAAAUUGUGUUUCAACUAAGAAUACAUCGACGAUACCAGGAAAAUCAAAUCAUACCACUCACACGGAGCCAGCUAAAAGCGUGGGUCCAACAAGCUAAAGAAUAA